AUGUCUUCUCGAUCUGCAUUACCGUCUGGAAACGACAGGAGUACUGGAGACCAUCAUGUGUCGCUGGGGGCCAGCCGCUCAGACAAGGCCACCAGCCAGUCCAGCCGCUCGCUGGGUGCCCGGUGCAGGAACUCCAUCGCCUCCUGCUCUGACGAGCAGCCGCACAUCGGCAACUACCGCCUGCUCAAGACCAUCGGCAAGGGAAACUUUGCCAAGGUCAAGCUGGCCCGCCACAUCCUGACGGGCAGGGAGGUUGCAAUAAAAAUCAUUGACAAAACUCAGUUGAACCCAACCAGCCUACAAAAGCUCUUUCGGGAGGUACGGAUAAUGAAAGGCUUAAAUCACCCUAACAUAGUGCAGCUGUUUGAGGUGAUUGAGACGGAUAAGACCCUUUACCUAAUCAUGGAGUACGCCAGUGGAGGUGAAGUGUUUGACUACCUCGUGUCUCAUGGGAGAAUGAAGGAGGUUGAAGCCAGAGCCAAAUUUCGACAGAUUGUUUCCGCUGUCCACUACUGCCACACGAAGAACAUUGUCCACAGAGAUUUGAAGGCGGAGAACCUUCUGCUGGAUGCCGACGCCAACAUUAAGAUCGCCGACUUCGGCUUCAGCAAUGAGUUCACGCUGGGCAACAAGCUGGACACUUUCUGUGGCUCGCCGCCCUACGCUGCCCCAGAGCUUUUCCAGGGCAAGAAGUAUGAUGGGCCUGAGGUGGACGUCUGGAGUCUGGGAGUAAUCCUCUACACACUGGUCAGCGGCUCUCUGCCCUUUGAUGGGCAGAACCUGAAGGAGCUAAGGGAGCGCGUGCUGAGGGGAAAGUACCGCGUGCCGUUCUAUAUGUCCACAGACUGUGAGGGGAUCCUUCGCCGAUUCCUGGUGCUCAACCCCUCCAAACGCUGCACCCUAGAGCAAGUCAUGAAGGACAAGUGGAUAAAUUCAGGGUAUGAGGGGGAUGACCUGAAACCCCACAUAGAACCUGUUGAGGACUACAGUGAUCCAGCUCGCAUAGAGGUGAUGGUCGGGAUGGGCUUCACUCCAGAGGAAAUCAAGGACUCUCUGCUCAAUCAGAAAUACAAUGAGGUCACCGCCACUUACUUACUGCUGGGCCGCAAAGGCGAUGAAGGCAGUGAGGCUCGCACAGCUAGUAGCCUGUCCCUGGCGAGGGUACGACCCAGCCCCAUCACCAACGGGACCAACAAGCACUCCUCAGCCACUGGCUCCUCUUCCUCUUCCACCUCCUCCUCACAUAGCAAGACCCAGCGCAGUGCCUCCACUUACCACAGGCAGCGACGACACAGUGACUUCUGUGGGCCUUCCAUGCCCGUCAUGCACCCCAAACGGAGCCCAACCAGCACGGGCGACCGGGAGCUGCGGGAGGGACGAAUGCCUUCACGUAAGGCCAGUUGCAGCGUGAUGGGGAGCCACAGCCUCCCUCCCUCCAGCCCAAUGGUCAGCAGUGCCAACAACCCCAACAAGUCUGAGAUCCCAGACCGCCGCAAAGACAUGACUGCCACCACAAAUAACAUCCCUGGAAGCGCCAUGACACGCCGGAAUACAUACGUGUGCACAGACCGCUCAGGCGCUGACAGACACUCUCUCCUGCAGAAUGGCAAAGACAACAGCUCCUUGGGCCACCGCAUGCCUGCAGCUUCUCCCUCCACGCUCAGUAUUGCCGGGGCCGGAGCUGCCUCCUCCUCUUCUUCUUCGGAUCGAUGCCGCCUGACCCGAGGCUCCACAAUUCGCAGCACCUUUCAUGGGGGACAGCUGAGGGACCGUGGGCCCCCAGUUUACUCAGCCCCACCCACAUCACCCACUCUGUCCCACCAUGAUGCCAGCCCCCUGCCCCACGCCCGCACCAGGGCAACCUCCAACCUCUUCACCAAGCUGACCUCGAAACUCACUCGCAGGGUCACAAAUGAAUCUGAGGGAAUCAGGAGAUUUGCGGUCACAAGUUGCCAUUUACCUGGGUAUCAAAAAGCGCCCGAGCCCCGGGCCGUCGGACGUGGCUGGGAUCUGAGAGGUGGUGGGCGGCGGGACCCUGCAGAGGUGGUACUGGCUCUGCGGGAGGCGGCGCUCGGGUGUGGCUGCCAGGUCCACCAUGCCGGCCCCUUUCUGCUCUCCUGUACCCACGGCGUGGCAGGGGGCCGCGUGGCUUUCGAGGCCGAGGUGUGCCAUCUUUCCACGGGCAACUCCGAGACUUCUAAUGGGGUGCGCUACACGCGACUCUGGGGGGCACCGCUAGCUUUUCGGGACAUUGCCACCCAAAUCUCUAAGGACCUUGAACUUUGAACAGAGGGUGUGUUUGCGUACGAGUGUGUGUUUUUGUGUGAGUGAGUGUUGAUGUGUGUGUGUGUGCAAACAGAGAGGGGUGGAAAUAAUUGAAGAAAAAAAAAAUGGAGGGGCUGGACCCGAGAGAAUAGACUUCUCCUUCUGUCUCUUUCAUGACUACCCCCACCUUGCGCAAACACACACACACAUACACACACAGAUGCACACACACACCUGACCCGUAAAGUCACAUAGACUGAGGCACCCCCUCUCCACCCAAUCACCCCACCAAGCUCAGCCAACGUCUUCACUGAGCUACUGCACCCACUGGACCUGGAUCAGACGGAACCUAGUUGAAUAUUUUUUAUUGCUACUCUAGCCAUAAUGACUCUUUAUUUUGUUAUUUAUUGCUCUGAUCAUUGUUUUUACCCACUGUCACUUUCACCGCCACAGAAACGCAUCAUCUCUUGUGUACUGGACGUCAUUGACAAGCCAGUCCUUUUUUUAAAUUGUUCUUUUAUAUGUCACCGUUACAUACACUGGUCAUUUUUUUUCUCCUCACGACGAAUUAUCUGCUGACUUCUCAUCACCUGGGGACAGUAACGGGCACAAACGCGGAGAUGGUCAGAAUCAGUGAUAAGACGAGCAGCCGCUGAGGGUUGCAUCGCUGUGAUUCGUGUACAUACAGCACUGAUGACUGCACUGGAUUAAGGUCAGUGGGAGCAGGGUUGACAGGCCUUUGAAGCAGCCAAUCAGAGGCUGGCAUGAAGCACAAAAAACAAUCAGAGGCUGACUCUGACACUAAUGAGCCAGUGACAUCUUGAACUUGAUGAACUAUUGGAGUUGUCGCCUCUCAAUCACAUUAGCUUCUCUGCAUGAGAUGAGCAGAAAUGAAAAUGUAGAUAAAAUUUAGUGAGAUAUGAACCUCUUGGUUUCAUGCAUCAAAAAGAGGAAGACUCUUAGAUUCAUCUUGCAUGAAUAUCAAAAUUAAAUCAAUACAGCUGAUUUGGUUAAAGUAUUAUAAGGUUAUAGAACUUACCAUACCAUAAUUUUCAUAUAAGUUUCCUAUACUGGCUGUUUCAGAGAAUGAAAUGGACUUGAGGUACCCACAAGGACAACAUGCACAUUACAUGCUGCUCUCUGAUUGGUUGGAUUCAUUGCCUGUCAGCGCUGGUCAACGGCAUUUGGAUUUUCCAUCCUUCCCACUUCGUUUCAUCCCCUUACCUUUCUUCAAAAGCAUCGCACUGAAGGCACAGCAGCAGCAGCGACACAUACCUGAGAAACUCUGUCUAACUCAAAGCCCCAGAGCGUUGAAAUCUUUCAAGGCAAUUAAAGCGAGGCUGAGCUACAAAUGUCAUCCAAAACAUCCCACCACAGAAUAAGAGACACUGUAAUUCUGGUGUAUUUUCAGUGCAAUGCAGUUCUUUGGUUCUAUUUUGUGCCAUGUGAUCUCACCUCAGUCAUCACGUCAGUAUGUCGAUGGGAAACACCAAAAGUGGAUCAGCCAAGCAGUGAAACCUCUCAGAUUACACAUUCACCUUUACACACAUAGAGAAACACACACUUCCGAGUGUCCACCCUCUUCUUGUUGUGGCACGCAGUAUAUAAACUGGUCUGUCCAUCGUUGAUGACUGUGGGGAUCAGGGGGGGAGUGUUCUGGAUCUGGAAAAGGCACGAUGAAGGCAGUGUGGACGGUAUUUUCUUCUGUUUAGUCCGUUGCCUUUAAAGUGAACAAC